AUGGCAAACAUAAUGAGAAAUAUGCCUUACGUUCGACUUGGUUCCUCGGGUUUGAAGGUGUCGAAACUCAUCCUUGGAUGCAUGUCAUACGGAUCACCCGAGUGGCAAGGUUGGGUCCUUCCAGAGGAGGAGUCAAUCAAGCACAUAAAGGCCGCAUAUGAUGCUGGGAUCAACACUUUUGACACGGCGAACGUGUAUUCAAAUGGGCAAUCAGAAAUAGUUUUGGGGAAGGCGAUCAAGCAACUCAAGCUUCCCAGAGACGAGAUUGUGGUUAUGACGAAGGUUUUCUAUACCGUUGGAAAGACUGUCAACACCCCUUACUUGGUCGGUGAUGAGCUAGAGAGGCAGGGCUACGUUAAUCAGCAUGGGCUAAGCCGCAAGCAUGUCUUCGAAUCUAUUAAGCGCAGUCUAGAGCGUCUCCAACUGGAUUAUGUUGACGUCCUUCAAUGCCAUCGGUUCGAUGCCGACACCCCGAUCGCUGAAACAAUGCAAGCUCUUCACGAUGUUGUUCAGGCUGGAUAUGUUCGCUACAUUGGGAUGUCGUCGUGUUGGGCCUGGCAAUUCCAUGCCAUGCAAAACUACGCUAUUAACAACAAAUUGACCCCGUUUAUCUCCAUGCAAAACCACUACAAUCUGCUUUAUCGAGAGGAAGAGCGAGAGAUGUUUCCGACUCUCAAGCACCUUGAGGUUGGUUCAAUCCCCUGGUCGCCACUUGCCCGUGGGGUUCUUACUCGGCCACUCUGGAAGGAGACAACUCGCAGCAGUAUCGACGGAUGGGUCAAGGGAUAUACCAAUGAAGGGGUUGCUAGUAUCGUUGAGCGUGUCGAGAAAAUCGCCAAAGCACGUGAGGUAACAAUGGCCCAAGUGGCGCUGGCUUGGGUUAUGAACCGCGAAGGUGUGACAGCCCCAAUUGUCGGGACAAGCUCUCUAGAAAAUCUGCAUGAUUUGUUGGGUGCUGUCAACCUCAAGCUCACAGAAGAGGAGAUGAAGGAACUCCAAGAUCCUUAUCGGCCGCAAGGUGUAUUUGGCCACACUUAG